GGGAGGAGGGUCAUGUGGGCCGCCGCAGCCAAUGGUUGCAGAGAGGGCGGCUCCGCAGCGGGCAGGUUCCUCGCAUUUAUGGGCAGUGGAUCCGCCGGCCGGCUCAUGCCUUCGCGCCCCGUCUCUGCAGAGCCUCUCCUGCCGCCUGCCUUGCCUAGACAAGCGGGCGAUGGAUGCCUCUGCCGCCGCCCUCCCGCAGCCCCCCGCGGCCAAGAGGCAAGCGGUGAAGCGGCACUACCACAAGCACAACCUCCGGCGCCACUACGAGUUCCUCGAGACGCUGGGCAAAGGCACCUACGGGAAGGUGAAGAAGGCGAGGGAGCGCUCCGGGAAACUGGUUGCUAUCAAGUCUAUUCGGAAAGAUAAAAUAAAGGAUGAGCAGGAUCUUAUCCAUAUCCGGAGAGAAAUAGAAAUAAUGUCCUCCCUCAAUCAUCCCCACAUCAUUGCUGUCCAUGAAGUAUUUGAAAACAACAGCAAGAUUGUCAUUGUGAUGGAAUAUGCCAGCAAGGGGGAUCUCUACGAUUACAUUGCCGAGCGCCAGAGACUAACUGAGCAAGAAGCCCGGCACUUCUUCCGGCAGGUGGUGUCUGCUGUCUACUACUGUCACAAGAAUGGAAUUGUUCACAGAGAUCUAAAGCUUGAGAACAUCCUGCUGGAUGCAAAUGGCAACAUCAAGAUCGCAGACUUUGGCCUCUCGAAUGUUUUCCAGCAGGACCGACUCCUGCAGACUUUCUGUGGCAGCCCUCUCUAUGCAUCUCCUGAGAUAGUCAAUGGAAGGCCUUACAAAGGACCUGAGGUUGAUAGCUGGUCCCUUGGUGUGCUCCUUUAUAUUUUGAUUCAUGGUGCGAUGCCUUUUGAUGGUCAUGAUUACAAGACUCUAGUCAAGCAGAUUACAAGUGGGGACUACAGAGAGCCCACCAAACUUUCAGAUGCCUGUGGCCUGAUACGGUGGAUGCUAAUGGUGAACCCAGAGCGCCGAGCCACCAUUGAAGAUAUUGCUAGCCACUGGUGGGUGAACUGGGGCUACAAGGUGCCCGUUGGGGAACAGGAGUCCUCACGUGACCAUGAAUCUUCAUUAGCCACCGUAGCAGAAUGGCUGCGCCGGUCUUCGAGGCCUCUCUUUGAAAAUGGCUCCAAGGUUCGCUGCUUCUUCAAGCAACAUAUUCCCGGUGUCACGCUAGAGAGACAACGCUCCCUUAAGAAGUCAAAGAAGGAGAAUGACAUAUCUCAUGCUCUGCAAGAGACUGGUCCUCCUCCAGAGAACCCAUCCAAAUCUAUCCUGAAGAGGCCCAAAGGCAUCUUGAAGAAGAGAAAUUCCUGUGAGAAGACCCAAGUUUCUCCUCCUCCAGCAACUGCAGGUUCUGUUGACUCUUGGAAAGAGGAGAAUACAGGAUCUACUAUGGACCUGGCUUGUGUCUUAUCAUCCAGGGCUUUAGCCUGCAAGGCAGAAGGCAUUGUAGCCACUCCUCCCAUGCCCAAGAAGGGAAUCUUGAAGAAGCCUCAGAAGAGAGAAUCUGGUUAUUAUUCUUCCCCAGAGCGUAGUGAAUCCACAGAGGUUUUAGACUCUAAAAACCUGGAUCUCGAUGCCAAUGCCUUUGCUGACAAUAAUACAUCUGCUCCAACCUUGGGAAAUGCUCAUGCCAGUCGGAAAGGCAUCCUGAAGCACAAUGGCAAAUUCUCCUCCAGCAGCACCGAGUCAGAAGGUGUGCCUGCCAAGGUCUUUUCUACUUUUGUAGAGGUCAACUUGCCCAAAAUGUCUAUGGCCUCCCGUAGUCGUCCAUCCAGUGCUGUGAGUGAGGAUAGUAUUCUUUCAUCAGAAUCGUUUGAUCAGCUGGACUUGCCUGAUCGAUUACAGGCAGAUGGAGGAGCACCCAUGCGUGCAGCCAUCUCUGCAGAUGACCUGCUUCAGCUGGAAGAGACAGAGGGGGAGAUGGGGUCUCGCCGACUCCGCCGUUGGACAGUUACCCAGUGCCAAAACCCCUUGGUGGAUAGCUGCUUCUCUUUGGCGGACUGUGAAAAUGUCACCGAAGUCUAUAAACGGGCUGUGGCUUUAAGCAUGAAACUGAGCUGAGGAAUCUGUUUCCCUCAUGGCCCCAAAGGGACCUUUGGUAAUUUAUAUACACACAUGCAGAGGUCUUGCAGCUCUGACUUUGUGCUCAGAAAGAAUGGCAUAGUCCCAAACUAUUUGCACUUCCCUUUGGGAUGGACAAGACGGCUCUCAGCAGCCUGUGUCUUCUCCCUGACAGGGCAGGAAGUGCAGCUGGCUUGAACUAUUUAUUUUGUUGCAUACUUCUUGACUGUUCUCAGAAUGUAAAGAGGUGAAUGCUCCAUGUUCUAACAAUGGCUUGUAAAAGUGGCUCAACAGGGUUACGGGCAUGUGUUUGGGGAGAGAGAAAAGCUUGUCCAUAGAAAGUUGAUCGAGGUAGGAAAUGAGCUAAGGGUAGUGCAGAGGGGCUGGAGAAAUUGGGGAGAUACCUACUAUCGAUGUGGGAAUGGACUAGGUUUGAUGCAGGUGGGAAAUCUGAAAUUUUCUUUACCAGCAAAGGAGAAGUAAGUUGAAGAUUUAAUUGUCCUGGAACACUUUCAUCUCUCCAAACAGACCCUGAUGAUCAUCUCUAAUCCUAGGGAAUAGGGUGAUUAUUUUGUUUGCACUGUGCUUUAAUUGCACAAAAUAGUAAGAGAGGUAGAAAUGCCUCUGAAGUGGUACAAUGCCAUGGCAAGAUGAUGAAAAAGAAAUAGCUCUUGGCUGAAAAUUUCGGUUGUGUUUUGGUAGAAAGUGUCUGUACUACAGUUUCAAAAAGUGGUCCAACUAUCCUGCUAUUCUCCAGCCAAAAGUGGUGGAGAUGGAGCAGGAGAAAGCUUGCUACACAAACAUCUUCCAGAUAAUCAACAUCUAACAGGUCUUCAGAUGAACUAUGGCAGUUGUCUAAAAACUUGGAAAGACCAGUUGCAGUCAGAUUCACAUGUGCAUUGAGACUCAAUAUAAUUAAAAUUUACUUUUCUGCAUUUCCAUCUAUCAUAAGAAAUUUAAUAGUGCUAUUGCCUCUUGCAGCAUUUGGAUUUUGCAGAGAGGAAACCUUUCUCAAGGCCAAUGAAUCAGAGCAUCUCUAUAAUCUCCUAAGGGCCAUAAUGUGGUUUGUUCUGAAAUGCAUCUUGGCCAGCACUCUUUAAAGGAAGCAGCAGGGAGACCAAAUCAAAACCCUUGACUUGGGAAGUGGGGAACUGAGAUGGGAUUUACAUUUCAGACACAGCAGGCUUUUAAAGAAGUAGGCAUCUUGUUCUUCCAAAACAAGAUAAAUGUAUGUGCCUUUAAAAAGACAUCUUAAAUUGUCACUAAGGUUCUAAAAUAAGAUACAGAGAUUCUUGGAGGUAAACCUUUCAGUAUGUGUGUCUCCUGUACCCCUUCCCCAGUCUCAAUCAGCAGGAAGGUGAGUGGGGGUAAGAGGACUGGAUGUGCUCCUUCUAUGGUGAACAUGAUGAUAAACAUUCCUUAUGAUCCAAGCCUGUGUUGCCUUGAAGUCUCAUUUUGUCCAGGUGGAAUUUUUCCCAAUUCAGUAUUUAAGAUAUUGCUUUUUUGAGCAGUAUGAGUUAUUUGUCAUAUGUCUGGAAAGCUGGUUCAAGGUGUGUGUGUUUUUAAAGGUGAAUUUCUAAGUUGAAGGAACAUGUUCUGCAAAAUAUCUCCACUUUGUAACUUUUUGGAUUUGAAAAAUCUAUUGCACUGUCUUGCCAUGUUUCCUCUGGUUGGCUUUCCAAGUUCUCUUUUUUGUUUUUUAUUUGCCCUACUGGAGUAAUUAAUUUAUAUUGAGCAAAAUGGGACCUGAAUACUCUUAUCUGUGCAGUUCUUCUUUUUGUAAACUGAUACUGUGGCUAUGAAAGAAAGAAUGAAAUAAAGAGAAUAAAAUAAAAUAAAAA